AUGUACCGCAUGGUUAAGGUUUCCGGCAAGGACCAGCCCCUUCAGCGCAUACUUUGGAGAAACUCUACCAGUGAUCCCUUGAAAACCUACGAGCUCACAACUGUUACAUACGGCACCAGUUCCGCCCCCUACCUAGCAACAAGGUGCCUUCAGCAGUUAGCCACAGAAGCUGAAGCUACACACCCCAAGGCAGCUGCAGCAGUUCGAAAGGGAUUUUAUGUGGACGAUUUUCUCAUGGGUACCGACGAUCAGGAAGAUUGCAAGAUUCUGGUUGCUGAGACUCUUGACCUGAUGAACUCUGCCGGUUUCACUUUACGGAAAUGGAGCUCAAACAGUGCAGAAAUUCUCGAGAACAUUUCCGUUGAUCUGCGCGAUGAACGGACCACGCUGGAGUUGGAUUCGGCAUCUUCACCAGUCAAAACUCUCGGACUAAUCUGGGAGCCAGCUUCUGACAUGUUUCGUUACGCUGUUCCACAAUGGAAUCCUCAAACGCCAAUCACCAAGCGUAUCGUUUUAUCCGAUACCGCACGAAUUUUCGACCCACUUGGUCUCGUAGGUCCAGUUGUGGUACAAGCGAAGAUAUUUCUGCAGUCACUCUGGAAGGAAAGCUGUGAUUGGGACAGUCCGCUAUCAAACGAAUACCAGCAGUAUUGGCUUGACUUCCGCCGCAACAUGAUCGCUCUAGAAUCUCUUCAAUUUCCUAGAUGGACAUGCUGUACGCAUGGCCUAGAUGAUGUAGAAAUACAUGGUUUUUGUGAUGCUUCGGAGGCGGCGUCUGGAGCGUGUUUAUACCUCCGUUGCGUUUUGAGAGAUGGGUCAACUGUCGUCAGGUUGAUAACGUCGAAGUCCAGAGUGGCACCUUUAGAGGAUCUGGGUCGCAAGAAGAAAAAACAAUCUAUUCCUCGUUUAGAACUGUCUUCGGCACUUUUGUUGAGCCACCUUUACGAAAAGUUUGCCAGCAGUCUUCAACUUCCACUGAAGUCACAUUUCUGGACAGAUUCCAUGAUUGUCAAGUGCUGGUUGUCGUCAAUCCCUUCCCGUUGGCAUGUUUUCGUCGCCAAUCGGGUAUCAGAGAUACAGCACAUUACCAAGAACGGAUCCUGGAAUCACGUUGCUGGAGCUGAAAACCCUGCCGACAUUCUGUCACGUGGUGCGACGGCAGUUCAGCUGGAAUACCAAUCAAUAUGGUUUGAAGGCCCUCUUUGGCUCCGUCAGGAUCGCUCAGCAUGGCCAAAAUCUACGUCAAUACAGCCAAGAGUUGAUAGCUCGCUUUUAGAAGAACGCAGUACAAUAUCGCUUCCAGCCCAGUCAAAACCUCCAAAUGAACUUUUUUCUCUUCGAUCAUCGCUCACAAGUCUUGUACGUCUCGGAGCUUGGUUGCGUAGAUUUGCACACAACAGCUCUCCCCACGCUCGCGCAGCCAAGCUUGAAGGAAAUCUCUCCUUAUGCGAAUUGAAAGAUUCCCUGAACAAUCUCGUGCGUAUCGCUCAACAAGACAGUUAUGCAGAAGAAGUUGCAGAAAUAAAACAGGGUCGGCAGUUGAAAUCAUCGUCAAAACUUUCGUUGUUACAUCCAAUUGUCAUCGAUAGAACACUUCGGGUCGGCGGCCGGCUGGCGAAUGCGCCAAUUCCUGAAUCUCGCAAGCAUCCGAUGAUUUUGCAUCAUCAACAUCCACUAGCCACGCUGGUAAUGCAGCACUACCACACGAAACUUUUUCACGCUGGUCAGCAGCUCCUAAUCGCAUCAGUAAGGGAGAAGUUUUGGCCAACAAACGCACGAAGUUUAGCCCGCAAGAUUUGUCACCGAUGCGUAGAUUGCUUCCGCAAUAGACCCAAGGUACACGAACAGUUAAUGGCAGAUUUACCCUCUAUACGAGUUAGUCCAGCAGCAGUGUUCCAGAAGGUAGGAGUAGACUUGUGCGGUCCAUUCCACAUCAAGUACCCCAUCCGCCGAAGCCCGGCAAUCAAAUCUUAUGUAGCGAUUUUCAUCUGUCUGGCAACCAAGGCGAUGCACAUGGAGAUAGUGGCUGAUUUGUCUACACAAGCAUUCCUUUCCGCCUUCAAGAGAUUCGUCGCUUGCCGAGGAAAACCGCAGGUGGUGAUGUGCGACAAUGCCACCAAUUUUGUCGGUGCUAACCGAGAACUUGAAGAUCUUCGCCAGCAGUUUCUGGAUCAACAGUUCCAACGUGCCAUCGUCCGAUCAGCAGAAGACGAAGGCAUACAAUUUAGUUUCAUUCCCGCACGGUCUCCCAAUUUUGGAGGAUUGUGGGAAGCCGCCGUAAAAUCCUUCAAGGGCCAUUUUCGAAGGACAGUUGGAACUCGGCAGUUAAGUUACGACGAACUGAAUACAAUUGUCCAGCAAGUCGCAGCCAUACUGAAUUCUCGCCCGUUAACUCCCUUGAGUAACGAUCCCAACGACUUCUCGGUAUUGACUCCAGGUCACUUUUUAAUUGGAAGACCGCUCAUAGCAGUUCCGGAACCAGACCUUCAAGACAUUCCGGAGAAUCGUUUGUCCAGUUGGCAAAAAUCUCAGGACUUCAUCCAGAAAUUGUGGAGGAGUUGGAAAACCCACUAUCUGUCUGACCUUCACAAUCGGACAAAGUGGACGAAACAACGCGACAACAUAAAAAUUGGGACCAUGGUCAUCGUAAAGGAAGACAAUCUGCCGCCUCAAAAGUGGCAACUGGCUCGAGUGGUAGAAAUUUUCCCAGGAUCGGACGGCAAUGUCCGUGUAGUAACCGUCCGGACAAAGGAUGGGUCUUUCAAAAGGGCCAUUUCGAAGAUUUGUGUCCUUCCUAUCAGGGACAAUGCGUCCCCUUCUGAGGAAUUCUAA